AUGGCAGGCAAAGGCAAAUCAAAGGCAAUUAUGCGAGCAUUUCGUGAAGAGGUUGAGCAUCAAGAGCGCGAGCGCGAGCACAUGACUAUGUCUACACGACGUAGGCGAGAGGCUGAGAGAGCUGGUGAAGCCAGAUCAUCGGUUGCACAUCCCAAUAUUGGGUCUUUUCGUGUAAUGGAGGAGGAGGAGGAGGAGGAGGAUGUUGUGGACCCCGUUCACGAGACUGAGUUUGUAGCUCGUGGAGGUCGUGGAGGUCGUGGUGGUCGAGCUCAUACUCGAGUCAAUCCGGAUGUGCUAGAUGGUCCAUUUCCCGGUGGCCCGUGGGAUCCGUCUUUGAUUCCGAGUUUCAAGUCGCACGUAGCGGCAUAUAUUUGGAAGGGAGAAGAACGUCCGGUGGGACGAGUGGAGUCCCGUAUCAACUACCUGAACCAUUUCAACUACGAGAAGAUAGCAGCUGCCCUAGAAGACAUAGAUGUAUCCGUAGACAAGCAUUUUCUGCGGAUGACCGGUUUGUAUCCCCUAGCCCGAUGUUAUUUACCGCGCCUAGAUGCUCCGCUGUUGUUUGCAUUUGUGGAGCGGUGGCAGCCGGAGACGAACAACUUCCAUAUGCCGUGGGGAGAGAUGACUAUCACUCUCCACGAUGUCCAGAUGAUUCUAGGUGACAAUGUCAAGGGACGGGUGGUCGCGCCUAGGUACGACGAGGUCAUCGAGCGGAUAAACUGUGUGUAUUUGCUGCCCGAGGUAUUAAACCUCGAUUUUGAGGAGAUUGACGAGUCAUGGAAGCAUGGGGACCCCACAUGGAGGAUGAUACAUGAACAGUUGUUGAUGCCCGACACGCCCAUGAGACGCCGAGUUCAGAUAUAUCUGGUGUUUCUCCUCGGAUCGAUUUUAUUCCCCGACAAGACAUGUGAUCGGGUGAAGCUGGGAGUUGGAUAUAUGCAGCCUAGCACAGUGAGGAGCUUGGCGGGUUGCACCACCCUUCUUCAGUGUUGGAUAUACGAGUAUUUCUCGAGAUUCCAGCCGCUGGAGCAGAGCGAGCGGUACCGCGAGUUUCAGCCUCAAUGCAAGAGGUGGAACGCGCCGCCAAUAGCGGGCACGCUCGAGCAUAUUCGAGGUUUACUCGACAAUAUGACAGCGGAUGAUGUCGAGUGGCUACCGUAUGGUCGGGAUAUACACGAGAGUAUCCCUCGUACGUUGUAUCAUGGCACGAUCCAGUACAUGUGGGUCGUAGAGCUGUAUAUGCCUGAUUGUUGCGUCCGAAAGUUCGGGUGGGUUCAGGAUAUUCCGCGCGACUUGAUUCCAUCGAUGGAGCCAUGUUGA